AUGAGUGAAACCAACGGCAGCGAGGUUUUUGGAAACAUAAAGACACACUUCCCUCCUGCAAAGAUCAAGAAGAUCAUGCAAACAGACGAAGACAUCGGUAAGGUCUCGCAGGCGACGCCGGUGAUCACAGGGCGGUCGCUGGAGUUUUUUAUAGCAAUGCUGGUGAAUCGCAGCGGGCAUGUGGCCAAGGAGAUGGGGUGCCGACGCAUCAGCGGAGAGGUGAUGAAGAAGACGAUCAUGACGGACGAGAAGUUCGACUUUCUGCGAGAGCUGAUCUGCGGGGACCGGGCCAAGGAACAGACGGAUGAGGAAGAGGCCUGA